AUGUUGAAGUACAUGAUGUCUCAGAUAACCAUGAACAUGUAGGGUCUUAACUCGAACAAUUUUAAGGAGACGUUCCUUUUAAAAUUUGACAGCUCUAAAAAUUAGUGCAAUUCUUUGUUUUCAUAUUAUGAGCACACUAUCAUGAGUGAUUCUAACAUUAAAAUUAAUUAAAUUAUGUGCAAUUAUUAGUUUAGCAAGUAUUUAAAAUAGUCCAAAUACAAUUUCUAAAUUGCAUUCACUUUAUAAAUUUAAUUCUUCACAGUAACAUUUUUGAUAUAUAUCUACAGUCCAUCCAAAAAUUAUAGAAAUUAAUUUGAAUGCAAGAGUACUAUUUUCUCCCUCUUUUUAUUAAUGACUUUAAAAGGAAAAAAUUGA